AUGGGGAGAAAGAAGAUUGAUAUAGAAAAUAUUGAGAAUACAAACCAGAGAAUGGUAACUUUUUCGAAAAGAAGAAGCGGCCCCGAGAGUAAAGCUGCUAAACUUCGCAAGUUACGUGCAAAUAAUGUUGUCUGUUUAAUCGUAUUCUCUCCUGCUGGAAAGGCUUACACCUUCAGUAAUUCUCGUAUAGGUGUAUGCAAUAUGGUUGAACGGUUCCUCGAAGAACAAACGAAAGAUAAGAACAAGAAAAUAAGAAUGUUCACAGAAGUAAAUAUUCUACGCAAUGCAGAAGCAAAGCUGGUGUUGGGACUGGGAGUGACGGCUUUUGGUGGGAUAAUAUAG